AUGGCCGCCGAAAGACCCGGUCCGGCCAACACCAAUCGCAGGACGCCGGCCGAUGCCGGUCUUCCCGAUCCGGCGCGCCUCUCCGCGCAGCUCUUUCAACUGGUGUCGACGUCGCUGGACGGUCCGAAGGGCAUUCACCCGCAGAGCUUUAUUGCCGCCUUCGGUGCGCUCGCGGGCCGCUCGGCCCGCUGGAUCGUGCGCCGCGAGAUCGAGGCCGGACUGAUCGCGGACGAUUUCCGCACGCCGUCCGGUGUCCGCCGGCCCGGUGUCACCGUGUCGGCCCAUGUCGAUCGCCACGUUCACGAUCUGACCGGCGACAGCUACGCCGCCACGCUGGUGCCCGAGAUGAUGGCCGCCGGUGCCGGCUGGCUGCCGCACAUCAAUGCAAUGAUCCAGCACAAUUUCAUGGCCAUCAACGCGCCCGCCUAUCCCGACUAUACGGUUGCCGAAAAGCACAUGCCGGAAAUCCCGCCACAGGCCCUGCUGAUCAUGCUGUGGGAGAACACACUGACCUGCCUGCGCAACGCGCCCGAGGCCGAAACGACCGCCCAGAAGGCCUUUGCGCUGGCGACGGUCAAGGCGGCGGCAAUGUAUGAGAAGAAGGUGCCGCUCGCCGUGUCCGGGCAACUCGCGCUGGAAACGGCGAUCGCCAUGUCGAAGCUCGACUACGGCUUCUGA